GAUAUCUAAGAGAGAGAGGGACGAGAGACUGAGAGAGCAGGCAGUGAAAAUGGAGAAGCAGCCAGUGGAGAUUACCAGCGCGAAGAUGUACGGAGGUUACAACAAGAGAUACAAGCAUUACAGUCCAACACUGGGUUGCUCCAUGAAUUUCCACAUCUACUUCCCGCCUUCGCCUUCCCCUUCCCACAAAUUCCCUAUACUUUAUUGGCUCUCUGGGCUUACCUGUACGGAUGAGAAUUUCAUUAUCAAGUCAGGCGGUCAGCGUGCUGCCUCAACUGAGGGGAUUGCUCUAAUUGUCCCUGAUACAUCUCCAAGAGGUCUUAAUGUGGAAGGAGAGGCAGACAGCUGGGACUUCGGUGUAGGUGCUGGAUUCUAUCUAAAUGCUACACAAGAGAAGUGGAAGAGCUGGCGCAUGUAUGAUUAUAUUGUGAAAGAACUACCACAACUUCUGAGUGAAAAUUUUCCUCAACUGGAUACAUCAAGGGCAUCUAUAUCUGGUCAUUCAAUGGGUGGGCAUGGUGCUCUGACGAUCUACCUUAAAAAUCUCGACAAGUAUAAGUCAGUGUCUGCCUUUGCACCAAUUGUCAAUCCUAUCAACUGUGCUUGGGGUCAGAAGGCUUUCACAAACUAUUUAGGUGAAAAUAAAGCUGAUUGGGAGGAAUAUGAUGCCACUUGCCUGGUCUCAAAGUUCCCAAAUGUAUCUGCUACCAUUUUAAUUGACCAGGGGGAGGAAGACAAGUUCUUGCAUGAUCAGCUGCUAGCACACAAGUUUGAGGAAGCAUGCAGGAAUGCCAAGGUUCCCCUUCUAUUGCGAUUGCAGCCUGGUUAUGACCAUUCCUACUUUUUCGUCGCCACCUUUCUUGAUGAUCAUAUGAGUCACCAUGCUCAAGCCCUGAAACUCUAAUUUCUGGUUGCUUUUGCUCUCGUUUUUCUCCUCCUUGAAAUGGCUUCUGGGGUGUUGUCUUGUUAAGGAUUUUAUGUUAAUGUUGUCUUGUUGCUGCUGUACCCAUCUAUUAUUCUCACUAUUUGGGUUGUUUUCAUGAACAAAUUAUGCAUUGGAAGCUAUCAUGUGAACUUUUUUUUUUAUUU